AUCUCUCUUGUGUUUCAGUGUAUGCGGAAUAUAGGUACUCUCAUUUUGUUGCGGUUUGCUAGACAUAAUAUUUUCAUCUAAGAGUUUUUUUUAUUAGUGAACAAAAUGACCAGUGUAGAAACAAUUGGGGCUAUUGCAGUUAGAGUAGUGAAAUUGGUCCUUAACCUGAUUAUCCUGAUACUGUACAGAACAGGCAACCAUGGAAAAUUUCUUGGUGUCGGAGGGACCUGGAAUUUGAACGAAAUAAAAGCUCCAGAUGUUGAAAUAAUAGCUUCUGGAGUUUUCGUUGGUUAUUUCAUAUUCACAGCAGUUUCAUUGAUGAGCCUCCUUUUCGGUACCAGGGAUAACAAGGUAUAUUUCACAGAUGUGAUCAUGGGAGUCAUUGGAGUCUUCAUGUGGCUCACAGUUGGGGCUGCAGCAUUGCACUACUGGAUUGGUUACAUCAACGAGAACAAAUAUGUGAAUGUUUCUUCAGAAAGAACGGUUGGAUUGAUCAUGGGAUCACUCUGUAUACUCACAGCAGCGUUGUACUUGUUGGAUUCUGUUGUUUCUGUACUUUUUGUUGUUAGAGAAAAACUGAAUGGACAAUACUAAGAAUUUUCAAUGUUAUAUCUCAAUGCUAUAUGAGACGUUUGUAUUUUGUAUUUUUUUACUAUAAAGUAAGACCGUUCAGUUCAUGAAGAACUGAGUUUCAGAAUGACAAUAAUCAAUAGUUUAGUUUAUUUGAGAGUUCCCAAUAAAUCUCUUCACUAUAUCAUAAUCAGAUUAAGAAGAGGAUGAAUGACUUUAUUAUCUGAAGAUAUACUGAAUGCUUUUUCUGAAACAUUUUUAUUGAUUUAUGACAUUACACUUUUCAAAGCCUUCAUACUGUACAAAUUCGAGCAUGUUAGAUCAAACCAUCUUAUUUCAUGAACUUAUGUACCAUACAUUGAAUAAAACCGAUUUUUUUCUAAAUUAA